UGGUUCUUGACUCAUGACUUUUGCUUUCAGUUCCAAAAGGAGCCAUUAGAAGAAGGAGGAGCAGGUGUUCGAGGCAGAGGGGGACGUCGUGCUGGAAUCUUCGGAUUGGUUUCGCGCAUUUUCUUGCAAGCUUUCACGCUUACUUUCCUAGCAGAAUGGGGUGAUCGUUCUCAGAUUGCAACGGUGGUCAUGGCAGCUCGAGAGGAUGUAUAUGGUGUUAUUGUUGGUGUUGCUGGACAUUUCUUGUGCACAGGCCUUGCAGUCAUAGGUGGACGUAUCAUUGCUACAAAAAUUUCUGUGAGAACAGUUACAAUCAUUGGAGGGAUAACCUUCUGAUAUUGCAGUGUCAGCGCUCAUUAUGGGCCCAUGAAAAUAAAAUGCUCAUAUAAA